UGCCUCAUUGAGAAAAGAAGAAGAGCGGGAGCACGUUAGUUAGUGGCUGCUGGUACCAUUUGGUUAUUCUUCUACAGCAUAUAAGGAGUUUGUCAGCGUCCUCGUCUCAAACAUGAACGGGCUAGAUGAACCAAUGGCGCCACAAACGUUCCUUUACGGGUGUGUGCUGGAAGCUGGAAAGGAAGUAGUCUUCAAUCCUGAUGACGAUGACUUGGAGCAUCAGCUGGAUCUGAGGAUGGUGUGUGUGGACCCCAGCACAAAAGAUGAACUUCAUAUGGUGGAGGUAGAAGGGCAGGACGCAGAGGGUCAGAAGGUCAAGGCAGUUCUGGUUUCACUUAAGCCCUCUACCUUGCCAAGUGCAUGUCUUGGCGGCUACACAAUCACGCCCCCAGCAGUUUUUCGCCUGAAGGCAGGUUCUGGUCCGAUCCAUAUCAGUGGACAGCACCUUGUCAUGAUGGAUGCAGAUCAGUCUUUUGAUGAAGACGAUGAGGAUGACGAUGAAGAGGAGGAGGAAGAUGUCAUAACAUCAAAGAAAAGGCCUGCCACUUCCCCUGCUGCAAAGUCUCAGAAAAAGAUGAAAAUGGAGGUGGCGGAGGAAGAUGAUGAUGACGAUGAGGAAGAUGACGAUGAGGACGAUGAAGAUGAGGAGGAUGAGGAUGAUGAGGCUGAUGACGACGAGGACGACGAGGAGAGCAUGGAAGAAGAAUCUCCCGUUAAGGCCAAGGCAGCUCCAGCCAAACCUAUACCAUCCAAACAGACGCCAUCCAAACCCAAAGCACCCGCACAGAAUGGCAAGAGUUCAAAACCGAACACUCCAGCCAAAAACCAGGAAAAGACACCUAAAGGAAAAGGUGACAAGUCUCCCAAAACCCCACCAACUCCUAAAGGACCUUUGAGUGUGCCAGAGAUCAAAGCCAAGAUGAUGGAGGCAGUGAAAAAGGGAGUAACGUUACCUAAAGCCCAGCCCAAGUUUGAGAACUUUGUGAAACAUGGUCACAAGGUCACAGAGCCCAAGGUCAUUGCAGAGCUGUGGAAGUGGAGGCAGGCAUUGAAGGAAUAACAGACGUUGCAGUUUUAUCUAUUUUUAUAACUUGUUUAUGCCCUUAGCACCUCUUAAACCCUCUGAAGCCAAACUGAGUGCCUCACACUUGUCCUUAAAUUGCUCUUUACGUAUAGGCCACUUCAAUUUGCCCUCCUGGAUGAAGAGAUUGGAGAGGUAGUGAUGGGCGGUAGCUGUGCAGUACUGGUGCAUAGUCCACCUCCAUCACCCUUUUGUAAGAGCACAGGGCUUAGGUUUUUUUGUUUGUUUUUGGGGUUGUGUUUUUUUUUUUUUUUUUUUUUUUUAAAUAAAUCCUUGCAUUGUUUUAAACUUAUAAUUUCUGGCACCAGAUAGUGGAGAAUGUUAUAUUGUUUCUUCAUCUUAUAUAUUUUUUUUUCUCUCCCCACUUUAGUAAGUUUGAUAUACUCUUAUUAAGAAACAGUUAAAAUACACCUAUUACACAAUUUAAAAACAAAUACACGCUUCAACAGGGAUCUAAUACUGAAAAUACUCUGAAGUUUGUUUGGUUUAGUAUAAUUAAGAACAGGAACACGUGUCACUCUUUCUAGAACAUUGUCGUUUCUUUAUUAUAAUUUUAGAUUUGUUGCAUCAUAAUCCUGUGACAGCGAUUUCUCUCCUUUCAAAAUGUGUUGGAGAUGUAUUUUUACCGUCCAAGGGGAAAACGAUUCAGCCAAUCUGUUUGGGCAACGAACCUAGAAGUGGAGUAAUAACACAUUUCAGCUCUGUGAAACUGUUUGCUCUGUGUUGCCAUGCCUACUGACAGCCCAGCGGCCAAAGGUUACAUGCUCAGUAACUGUAUGUGUGAGUUAAUUUGCAAAUGAAUUGCUUAAUGUUUCAUAGAAAUUUCUACUGGUAUCAAGUUUGAAGAUGCAGUUUGACCAACUGUGGUUAUUCUGUUCUCAGUGCAUGAAGCCUGUUAAAACACAAGACCAUUCCAUGCUGUCAAGUUUUUACGACUUUUCAACAGACUGUCCCUCAAUUGAUAAAAUAAAAUAAUAAAUGUG